GCUUCCAGUUCGCGUCUCACGCCAUGUUCCUGUUUCAUUAUGACCCCAAAACGGUCUCCUCUCUGUCUCCCGUUGAAUCUGUGUCUCUCUGUCUCCAAAUUCAAAGCCAAAACUGCCGCUGCCGGCUCCGCCUCACAAUCCAUGGCCAUCCCAGCUGUAGUUGCCAUCUUACCUGUCGGCGUUCUCUUCAUUCUCUCUGGCCUCAUUGUUAAUCUCAUGCAGAUAGUGUGUUUCCUCCUUGUUCGUCCUGUGUCAAAGAGUAUGUAUAGAAAGAUCAACAAAGUAGUAGCAGAAUUGCUGUGGUUGGAGCUCAUAUGGCUCAUUGAUUGGUGGGCAGGAAUCAGGGUUGAGUUGUAUGUAGAUUCAAAAACUUUUCAAUUAAUGGGUAAAGAACAUGCACUUGUCAUUUCCAAUCACAAAAGCGACAUUGAUUGGCUUGUUGGAUGGCUUGUAGCUCAGCGCACAGGUUGCCUUGGUAGCGCACUAGCCAUCAUAAAGAAAGAAAUAAUGUUCCUCCCAGUCAUCGGUUGGUCAAUGUGGUUUUCUGAUUAUGUCUUCUUGGAAAGAAGAUGGACAAAAGAUGAAAGCACAUUGAAGUCAGGUUUUCGAAGACUAGAGGACUUCCCCAUGCCUUUUUGGUUGGCUCUCUUUGUAGAAGGAACACGAUUUACGCAGGCAAAGCUAACGGUAGCUCAAGAGUUUGCAGCUUCUAGAGGGUUGCCUAUUCCUAGGAACGUCUUGCUUCCACGGACGAAGGGGUUUGUUUCAUCAGUAAUCCAUAUGCGCUCUUUCGUUCCAGCAAUUUAUGAUUGUACACUGGCCGUCCCCAACAAUCAGCCACCACCUACAUUGUUGAGAAUAUUCAGAGGGCAAUCUUCUGUGUUAAAAUUACAAAUCAGGAGACACUCAAUGCAGGAGUUGCCAGAAACGGCUGAUGGAAUUGGACAAUGGUGUAAAGAUGUGUUUGUUACCAAGGAUGCCUUAUUGGAGAAGUACUUUGCCAAAGGUUCUUUCAGUGAACAACAACUUCAAAACAUUGGCAGACCUAUCAAGUCCUUAAUUGUUGUCGUACUUUGGUCGAUCCUCCUCGCCUAUGGAAUUUACAAAUUUGUGCAGUGGUCUGCCCUCCUAGCCUCAUGGGAAGGCAUUGCAUUUUCAGCAACAUUCUUGGUCCUUGUUGUAAUUGUCAUGCAAAUUCUCAUCCAGUCAUCUGAGUCAGAGCGUUCUACACCUCUCACGGUACCCCCAAAAGACCCAUCAGAGCAGCGACUCAUUCAGAAAUGAUCUUCAUGUGUAUAUAUAUUUAGGACUAACAACAGCCAAUCCACAUGUAUGAUCAUGUAUUUCUUUCUUUCUUUUUUGGAAAUAUAUAAAUAUAAAAUAUACAGAUUGUUGUAAAACUAACUUUGAGAGGUGGUGAGAGAGAGAGGGUCGGUAGAGAGGGGCUCGGGUGUGUGAGAAUUGUAUAUUCAUCACCGGCCUUGUACUUUUUG